AUGGGAACUAGUCAUAGGCCUAUACGCGAUGUAUACAUUUGCCAUGCCGCAGAAGAAAAAAAAUCAGUAAUAUUCGCCUGCGAGCAGAGCAAACGCGCGAAAAAACGAGAGAGGAAUGUAAAUAUGAUUGUGUUGGGAAGAGCAAAUGAAGGCGAUGAACAGCGAAACCAUGUGUUCGUCUGCUAUGAAGACUCAAUUAACAAAUUAUUAGUGCAGUUCAAAAUGACUGCGCUAACAAGUCUUAUUCACAUUUAUUUUUGA